AUGUCGACAUUCAAAAAGCUUCAGAUUAAAUCACAGAAACUCAGAGUUUUUCUCCUUCAAUGUGGGAAGUUCAUUACACCUGCUCACUACAACGAUGUAGUGAAUGAACGUUCCAUUGUCAAACUCUGUGGUUAUCCUUUAUGUCACAAGAAGCUGGGAAUUAAAUAAAAAAUCAAAACCAAUAAAGUCUAUGAUAUCACUGAAAGAAAGUCUUUUUGCAGCAAUUUCUGUUACGAAGCAUCUGAGUUUUUUGAAGCACAAAUUCCCAAAACUCCAGUAUGGGAGAGGCAUCCAGAUUUUCAACUGCUAAAGGAAGGGCAAAGUGGCCAUUCUGGAAAAGAAAUACAGUUAUGCAGUAAAGCCAUUAAAACAUCAGCUAUUGACAAUCCUAGCCACUUUGAAAAGCAGUAUGAAUCUUCUAGCAAUAGUUCUUCCAGCACUCUUAAGGACAGCAGCAGUGAUAACGAGCAAGACUUUGUUUCCUCCAUUCUACCAGGAAACAGACCAAAUUCAACAAGUAUUAGACCACAGCUGCACCAAAAAAGCAUAACGAAAAAGAAAGCUGGUCUCAAAGCUAAUGCCAAACACAAAGAACAGACAGUAGUGGAUGUCACUGAGCAGUUAGGCAAUUGCAAAUUAGAUACUCAGGAGAAAGCUGCCACAUGUGAACUUCCUUUACAGAAAGUAAAUACUCAAGAGUUCUUCAAAUAGUACUUUGCCUGAAAGAUUAAAGCUUCAGAAAAUUCUGAAAGUAAAUACAGUAGGUCAGAAAUAACUCUAAUAGAUAAGAAAAGUGUGGAGCAUUUUAACAGAAAAUUUGCCAAAUCAAACCAAGUUUCUAGGUCACUGUCUAGUUCAGUGCAGGUGUGUCCUGAAGUGGCAAAUAGAAACUUACUUAAAGUUUUGAAGGAGACUUUGAUUGGGUGGAAGACAGAAGAAACUCUGAGGUUUUUGUAUGGCCAGAAUUUAGCUUCUGUGUGUCUGAAACCCAAAGCCUCUCUGGUUAAAAAACUUAAACUUAAUGACAUAAUGUCAGACUCAGAUAGUCAUUCCCCUGCCUGGAGGGUCAACAGCUUGGAAGAGUCUUUACCUUUUAGGUGCUCAGAUACAGCCGUUAAACCCCGACGAGAACUGGAAAAAGAAACUGAAAAGUUAAAUCUGAGGAUCAGGAAGUUUUAUAGAGGAUGAUAUGUUUUGGAUGAAGAAACCACCAAAUCACAAGACUCAGAAGGGAUACCUGAGGAGGACGUAUGUCACCUCAAGACCCUGUGA